GGAGACGGAGCAGCCUUGAGCCCUGCGGGGGCCGUCGUGCGGGGGGACCCACCCGCUCUCCCCCCCAACCCUUCAAGCAGAAGCAGCCGGCGGCGGCGGGGGUAGGAGUCAGCCCGCUUCCGACUGCACCCCGCCCGCCUCCCGGGGGCUGCUAUUCUUUGGCCCCGGGACCCCAACCUCAUCCCGGGGCGGUUCCCUCUGUCGGAGCGUCCGAGUGCUGCCCACCUCUCUUUCAUUCCUCUGCACCUCCUUACCUUCACUUUGCCCCGGUUCUCUUUCUCCUCUCUGCCCUGCCCUGCCGCCUCCUCUGCUCACUCUGUCCCUUCUGCCUCCUUCCCUGGCUCUUUUCUGUUCAGGAAAGUUUAGUACCCCCAGUGCAAUCAGGUCAACCUGACUAGGAGUAGGGGGAGAUGUAGGGAGGCCUGAGAGUUCGAGGGGGGGGGAGCUGAUUUCCCUGGAAAUUUCCCCUCAUCUCUUUAAUUUGGGGUGGUUGGAAUUUUUUUACAUUGUAUUUUUGAGGAGGUGGUAGUGUUUAAAAAAGGAUGUGGGAAUGGAAGGGGUAGAUGAGUCAACCCUCUUACAAGAUUCCAAGGGUGGUGUGUUACCUGAUCCUUUUCGUGUGUGGAGUUCAGGGGGUCCGGAGGUUUGGCCUUUAUUCCCACAUUCGAAAUUGGAACCGCCCCCAAAUUAAGGAUGGAGUUUUAGUACCCACUUGUGGCAGGAAACCUGGGGGGAAGGGGUCCCUUUUUCCUUUUUCUUUUUUCUUUUUCUUUUUCGUUUUCUUUUCUUUUUUUGGUAACCCACACCCUUCCACACACGCUCACCCCCAAUCUCAACACCAAGAUCCUCUUCCUUACUUGGAUUGACUGAUGAAGACGUAAGGCCAGUUACGCUCCAUGUUUUUGGAGGUGGAGUGAGUGGUUUUUCUUCAUUUCUAAAUGGCCAAAUGACAGCUUGACCCAGUUUGCUUUCCAAUCAAAGAGCAUUUUUUUGAAUGUCUCUUUGUGGCGCAAGAGCCAACGCAAAAAUGAUGGCGGCUUACAAUGGCGGCACAUCUGCGGCAGCAGCAGGUCACCACCACCACCAUCACCACCACCUUCCACACCUCCCUCCUCCUCACCUUCACCACCACCACCACCCGCAACACCAUCUUCAUCCGGGGUCGGCUGCUGCUGUACACCCUGUACAGCAGCAUACUUCUUCGGCAGCUGCGGCAGCCGCAGCAGCGGCCGCAGCUGCAGCCAUGUUAAACCCUGGGCAACAACAGCCAUAUUUCCCAUCACCGGCACCGGGUCAGGCUCCUGGACCAGCUGCAGCAGCCCCAGCUCAGGUACAGGCUGCCGCAGCUGCUACAGUUAAGGCGCAUCAUCAUCAGCACUCGCAUCAUCCACAACAGCAGCUGGAUGUUGAGCCGGAUAGACCCAUUGGAUAUGGAGCCUUUGGUGUUGUCUGGUCAGUAACAGAUCCAAGAGAUGGAAAGAGAGUCGCACUCAAAAAGAUGCCCAACGUCUUCCAGAAUCUGGUCUCUUGCAAAAGGGUCUUCCGGGAAUUGAAGAUGUUGUGUUUUUUCAAACAUGAUAAUGUACUCUCUGCCCUUGACAUACUCCAACCUCCACACAUUGACUAUUUUGAAGAAAUAUAUGUUGUCACAGAAUUGAUGCAGAGUGACCUACAUAAAAUUAUCGUCUCUCCUCAACCACUCAGCUCAGAUCAUGUCAAAGUUUUUCUUUAUCAGAUUUUGCGAGGUUUGAAAUAUCUCCAUUCAGCUGGCAUUUUACAUCGAGACAUUAAGCCAGGGAAUCUCCUUGUGAACAGCAAUUGUGUUCUAAAGAUUUGUGAUUUUGGAUUGGCCAGAGUGGAAGAAUUAGAUGAAUCUCGUCAUAUGACUCAGGAAGUUGUUACUCAGUAUUAUCGGGCUCCGGAAAUCCUGAUGGGCAGCCGUCAUUACAGCAAUGCUAUUGACAUCUGGUCUGUCGGAUGUAUCUUUGCAGAACUACUAGGACGAAGAAUACUGUUUCAGGCACAGAGUCCCAUUCAGCAGUUGGAUUUGAUAACGGAUCUCUUGGGCACACCAUCACUGGAAGCAAUGAGGACGGCUUGUGAAGGCGCUAAGGCACACAUACUCAGGGGUCCUCACAAACAGCCAUCUCUUCCUGUACUUUAUACCCUGUCUAGCCAGGCUACACAUGAAGCUGUUCAUCUCCUUUGCAGGAUGUUGGUCUUUGAUCCAUCCAAAAGAAUAUCCGCUAAGGAUGCCUUAGCCCACCCCUACCUAGAUGAAGGGCGACUACGAUAUCACACGUGUAUGUGUAAAUGUUGCUUUUCCACCUCUACUGGAAGAGUUUAUACCAGUGACUUUGAGCCCGUCACCAAUCCCAAAUUUGAUGACACUUUUGAGAAGAACCUCAGUUCUGUUCGACAGGUUAAAGAAAUUAUUCACCAGUUCAUUCUGGAACAGCAGAAAGGAAACAGAGUGCCUCUCUGCAUCAACCCUCAGUCUGCUGCUUUUAAGAGCUUUAUUAGUUCCACUGUUGCUCAGCCAUCUGAGAUGCCCCCAUCUCCUCUGGUGUGGGAGUGAUGGUGGAAGAUAAUGUACUACUGAAGAUGUAAUGUAGCUUUCCACUGGAGUCUGGGAUUUGCAAUUCUGGAGGUUAAUCAUGCUUGUACUGUAAUUUUACUAAUGAAGUUUUAAAUUAACAACCACUACUUGUAUGAUAUGAAUAAUAUUUAGAAAUGUUACUAGACUUUUAAUCUUGUAAAGUGGUUGUGCUUUUAGAAGAAAAAUAUUUUACCCAGAGUUGCACAUGUUUUAUGAAUUUAGUGCAGCUGUUAUGGCUCACCUCAGAACAAAACAGAAUUGAACCAAAUUUGGGAGUUUGGGGUUUUGGGUUUUUGUUUUGUUUUGUUUUUCUUUUUUAAAAAUGAAGUGAGCUUGCUCACACAUACACACCUACAGAGGACAGUCAUACGUUUUGAUAUUUGAGCCAUUCCUGAAAAUUAGGGGUUUUCUAAAGCGAAAGAAUCUAGAAACCUUGCCUGCGACCAAUCAUGGAGCCACGUGAGCUGCUCGUGGCUGCACCUGGGGGGGAGGUGGGUGGGGGCAUGCCAGCUAAUGAUCAACCCCUAUAAUUAGCUUCUCAUUAGAGCCGUGACGGUAACGUGUGCUGUCUAAGAUCCAAUGUUGUGGGUAGAGAGAAUGAGUUUGUGACUAGGAGAGACUAAACUUCUGUUUUCCUUCCCCAGUAUAAAUAUAUAUAUAUAUAUUUAAUCUAUUUUUAUUAGAAGUUUUUCUGCUCUUUCUUACAUAAAAGAACCCUCAAGCAUGCAUCUUUCAUGUGUGUAAAUAAUUCAUUUCUGGGCUAAUUUCAAAAGAAUCCCAACAUUGCUGUAUAGAGAGAGAACUAGCUUGCACAUUUGAGGUCUGUGAAAUUUUGUGAGACUUUUCCUGCACUGGACAAUAAAACAUAAAUAAGUAACUAAAAGACAAAAACAAAUUUUUAAAACUUUUAAAGCCACAAAAAAAAAA